AUGUUAUCUGAAAGAAAAGUGAAAUUAACUCUUCAUUUGCCUAAAUUAGAAUCAUGUGUUUAAUUUGAAUCAGAUAUAUACACUACAACAUCAAGAUCAAGUAAAAUAUUAUACGUUAUUAUUAAUAGGAAUAUUGUCAAUCACUAAAGCUCAUAAAUCUGAAAAAAGAAUAUUACAUAAACAUACAGUAACUUAAAUGAAUACUUCUAAUUAACUUCAUUUAUAUACUCCAAAGUAUGAGAGUGAAUAAGCUAAAAAACUCAAAAACAUUCCUUAUCAAUUAAAAUAUUUCAUUCCAAAUCUCCCUAACAAAAACUUUAAAUCUAGCCAUCUAAUGAAUAAAAAACUAUUAGAAACACCUUAAAAUAUAAUAUAGAACAAAGAUAAAUGGCAAUUAAAUAAAUAUAAAACUAGAAUGAAUAAUGCUUUUAGUCUAAGUUAAAGUAAAAGAAUGCAAAAUAAACAUUUAAAAACAGAAUAAUAAGAAGAACAAAAUGAAAUUAGAAGACAGAACCAAAACUAUAUAGAAAAUGAAAAAGUGAAAGUAUUAAAAUAUAAUAUUGUUAGAGACUUAAUAAAUAAAGAAUUGAAACACAAAAAAUAAUAGAUCAAUAUACUUCUUAAUUUAAUUCAAGUAUUAAACUUAAUCAUAUUGACUGA